CCGCAUUGUAUCACUUUAGGGGAAAGUGCUGGAUCCGUUGCCCACCAUUGUGGUGAUCAAAGAGAGAACACAGAUGAGCGAAUGAUUGCUGGAGAGGGAGGGAGCAGCCAUCUUCAACCUCUUGCUUGCUUAUCUGUCUGCACUCUUCCUUUAAACACAAGGGUGAUGAGGGACCCAAUCCUCCACACUGCUCCCCAGAGAGAGAGAACAAAUGAGAAAGAGGCAAAACCAGUGGAUUACUCUCUCUUUUGCAUAGCACAACAGAGCCUUGUAUGGUGCAACACAAAGAGAGGGAAAACUCACCAGCAAACAGCCAUCUCUGCACCUCUCUCUUAGCAACUGUGGUGAGAGAAGUGAUGAUGGGAGAAAAGGAUGAGGAUGGGAGCCAUUAGACCUCGAUGAUUCGACAUGAAAGACACUGUUGUAAAACCUGAAAGGAAAACCAAAGCAAUUUUAAGCAUCACUGAACGAUAUCGGUCCCUCCUCUUCCACACAAAAGAUUUGUUUCAACAGCUCCUGCUCCUCAACUCUCAACAGCUGAGAUUGCUCAGAUGCGCAGUGAGCUUUUUACAAAAGAGAAGGAGAGGCAAUUAUCUCUUUAUCCACGAAUUGAAAAAAUUGAAGUCAAAUAUGUUGGCAAAUCUCACCCAGGCACAUUAUUUAUAAUGAACAAAGGACUUUCCACUCCAUACAGUUGUGCGAUGCAUUUAAGUGAAUGGCACUCUAAGAAAUCUGUACUCGCCCUCGUAAAUGGAGAAGUCUGGGAUAUGUACAGGCCUUUUACGCAGACAUGUGAAAUCCAGUUUCUUACUUUCAAAGACGAAGAUCCAGAGGAAGUUAACAAAGCCUAUUGGCGGUCCUGUGCUAUGAUCUUGGGCUAUGUGCUGGAACAGGCAUUCAAAGAUGAAUACUCAGUCACUCUUGUUAGAGCUCCAGAAGUUCCAGUGAUAUCUGGAGCUUUUUGCUAUGAUGUACUUUUGGACAAUAGGCUUGAUGAAUGGAAGCCCACAGAGGAAAGUUUCCGUUCUCUUACAAAAGAAGUUCACAAACUAAUUCACAAAGACCUGCCAUUUGAAAUGCUGGAUGUUGAUGCAAAAGUAGCACUUGAAAUAUUUCAGCAUAACAAAUACAAACUGGAUAGAGUUGAGCAGAAGGCUUCACAAAAUGCUGAUGGAAUCGUAAGAUUGUAUAGAUUUGGUGACUUUGUUGAUGUUAGUGAAGGCCCCCACAUUCCCAGAACCAGUAUGUGCUGCCAGUAUGAGGUGACCUCAGUUCACAAUCUUGAAGGCAGCCAAUCUGAACUCAUAAGAAGAUUCCAGGGUCUGUCUGUUCCAAUUCACUUAAGGCUUCAUCACAGUGUAUGGUACAGGCUGCGGGAAAGGUCUCAAAAACUAGUCAAUGAAGAUAGAUGGAAAGAAGCAAAAGAUGAAAAUGAAGUAUCAAAUACUGAAUCAGUCUGAGCGGUUCCAAUUUACAUAUAGAAAAAUUAUCACAAUUAAAGUACACAUUCUCAAAGUACCAAUUUCAUUAUUUCAUUCAGAAAGAUUUGAAGAGCCAAAGAGAAGUUUUGACCAGAGUUUUUCAGGCUCUCAAGCAGAAAAAAUGACAAAUGGUUGCCCCGCCCAUCAUAUUAGAGUUUAGGCAUACAUUAAAGUCAUUGGUACAAGCUUCAUGGGUGGUGACGCUCACUGUGUGAACUGGAGCAUCCACAAGCUUUCACUGAAAUAAUCUGAACAGGGUUGCUGCAGUAAAAAUUUGGAGACAUGGGUUUAACUCCUGCUCCUGGUAGAUCAGGCAUGCACAGAUCUGGUAGAUAUUUCCUCCAGUCCUCAUGCCUGUCUAUCGGUCAGUAUUCUUAGUACAACUUGCAAUUGACAUGUAUGGGCAUCACAUUAUGGCAAUAACUGUUUUUGUCAUGCCAAGGUCUGGAGGAUGAUGGGCACUGAGGAUGGUCAUUAAAGGAGAACUACAAGAGUAAGCUCAUAUUGGGCAUGCAUGGACCUGAUGUUGUUCCACAGCAGAAGUUGGAAGGCAUAGGUUCAAAUCCUAUUCCUGGUAGAUGCUGUCUCUACUUCAAUCCAAACCUACUCACAGUCAGCACUUUCUGACAAGUCAAAACUUAAAUGCGUCAGUGUAACAUUUUAAAUAAUUCUGAUGGGCAAAGGCAGGUUAUUUAUGAAAGAAAGCAAUCAAAUAACAAACUGAUGUGACUAGAACUCGAGUCUGCCUUUCAAAAGGACAAAUGUGUAACUUGCCUACAGCAGAGAGAAUGUAUUUACAUUAGCCUCCUUUAGUCUUCAUAGGCCCAUCUUUGAUCUCCACUUCCAUUCAGAAAGCUCUAGGCCUUUGGUUAUGUUGCCCAGUUUGGAACAGGGUCAUAGUCCAGUGUGGAUUGGCAGGCUGAACUAGUAGGUUCAGUUUAUGUGGUCCAUCGCAGUUGGGCAGAGGCAGACUCCUGAUGAAGACAUUUGAAUGACAUCACUUCUGAGUCCCAGUGAUCUAAUCCAGUUAUUCUCAAACUUGGGUCCUCAGAUGUUAUUGGACUUCAACUCCCAUAAUCCCCAACCAAAGGCCACUGAGGCUGGGGAUUAUGGGAGUUGAAGUCCAAUAACACCUGAGGACCCAAGUUUGAGAAUCCCUGAUCUAAUCCAAUCCAAAGUAGCUGUUCCAUUUAUGCCUCAGACCAAGUUGUAUACUGCAGAUGUUGAGCAGUUUUUCUAGUCGCUUUCCCUUUGUCAUGUUCCUGUCUUUAUGCACUCUUUUAAUUGGUACAAGUCUACUUUUGACUGGCCCCUAGUACUGUGGCAGCAGUUCUAUAUGUGUCAUCAGAUGCAUGGGUGGCAGUAUAUUUGGAUAGUGGGAGAAGCCAUGUGGUUGUUUUACUAUUCUUAGUGGAAAGGUGUGGUUGGUUCUAGGCAGAGAUGUGGAUUUUCCAGAAAAUUUUGAAUUGUACAAUUUUCUGGGGGGGAAAUUCCCCAGGCAAUUUUUUAAAUUAUUUGCAUAAAACUUAUUUAAUUUUUUCUCCAAAAAUAGAUCGUAUAUUUGACCUAUGUAUUUAGUAAGAAAACGCUGCUAAAUUCAUUUUCCAUGUUGCAUCUCAAAGUUUUUCAAGAAGCCAAGUAGUUGAACUGAACUAUUUGCUUGCAGGGGUGGGUGAGGAAUCAAUAAAGAUACUUUGUGCUGGUCAUAGACUGUAAUAUAAUUGAACCGAACUGAAUAAAGACACUUAAUGUGGUUUAAA